AUCUCACGUUGAACAAACACCGAGGGAGCCGGGAGCAGACUCAGACAGCGGGCUCUCUGCUCCGCCGGGAAGGGCGCAGGGCCGGGGUCGCCGGCCGCCCCGCUUUUGUCCGCGCAGCCCGGGGAGGAGGUCCGGUCUGAGCUGCUGAACUUUCGUGCCAUCUUGUGCACAGGACCCGGGAGCCUGAGGAUUUAGGCGCUGCCGUGUAUGGAGCUCGGGGCCGGGGCCGAGCCCGCCGCCGCCUCGCCCCCCGCGCGCCGCCCAGGCCAUGCCGCUCCGAGUGCGCGCCGGGCCGCCGGGCCUGCGGGGCUGAGCCGGGGGCCGCGGGCGGCGGCGCGGGCGGCGGGGCCGGGGCGGGAGCCGCGGGCGCGGGCCGCGGGACUAUGGCCGUGUGCUGCUGCGCCCCCCACAGCCUGGCGACCAUGAGCAGCGCCGACCAGGCGCGCAGCGGCGGCCCCCGGCCCGGCGGCAGCGACACGCCCCCGGGGAGCGCCCCCCUGAGCCCCGGCAGCGUGUUCAGCCCCGCGAGGGACGCCGCGUUCCUCUUCCCCCCGCCCGAGGCGGCGCCGGGCAGCCCCCGGGGCUGGCGGAGCGGCCGGCGCCGGGCGAACUGCAGCAGCAGCGGCGGCGGCGGCGGGAGCCCGGGCUGGGCGCGGCGGUCCCCGGGGACGGGGAGCCCCCCGGCGCCGGAGGAGGCCCGGCGGAGGCUGCGCACCCUGCGGCGGGAGCUGCAGAACGUGCAGGUGACCCAGAAGGUGGGCCUGUUCGAGGCGCACAUCCAGGCGCUCGGCUCCGCCGCCCUGGGCCGGGCGCGCUCGCCCUCCCCGCGCCCCCUCCGCAGCCUCAGCCAGCCCCCCGGGCGGCCGCCGGCGCCGGGUGAGGAGCGGAGGACCAGGUCCUGGGGCGGGCGGUGCUCGGAGGCCGCGGAGGAGACCCCCGAGGCCGGCCCCGCGGGGCGAGCUCCGAGCCUCUCCGAGGACCCCGAGGGCGCGGCGCCUCCUCCCGGCCCAGCCGCCCCACCGUCGGACUCAGGAGCUCAGGGCCCAGCCCCGUCGGUGAGAAACGAGAAGGGGGUCCCGGCCUCCCCACCGUGCGAACCCCCCGCAGCUGUGGAGACGGACAAGGGGGUCCCCCCUCCGGACACUCGGAGCUGCCCGGCUCCCGCGCUGGACUCGGUCGGAGUGGACUCCGUGACGGCGACGGAAGUGGCAGCGACGGCUCUGCCCACUGGGCCACACCGCCCGCAGGGCCCUGCGCUCCCGGCGGCGCUGCCGGAGGGGCCCCGGGAUGCGCAGCCCCCGCCCCCCGCCGCCCCGGUGGAGGGGGGUGAGGAGCCGGCUCCGGGGGACAGUGAGACGAGCCCAGCCCCGGAGAGGGGCGCGCCCCCCGGCGGAGAGCCCCCCGGGACGGGGCCCCCCGGGACGGGGCCCCCCGGGACGGGGCCCCCCGGGACGGCGGGGGAAGGAAGUCCGCCCGGCGGCCGGCCGGGCUCCGGGGACCCCGACGCGGGCGCCAGGCCGGCAGUGGAGGAGAGGACUGUGGACGCGCAAAGCGCAGGAGACCUGAGCUCGGCGGGUCCCGCGGUGACCCCGAGUGGGGAGCCCCCGCUGAACUCGGACGAAGCGGAUGGAGGGUCCCCCCCGCUGGGCCUGCCCGGGGGCAGCCGCCUGGGCGCGGGGGAGGCGGAGGCGGGCGCUCCUGCCGGCAGAGCCGCAGAAGCCGCGGCAGAGGACCUGCAAGAGGCCCGGGGCCUCCCCGCGGACCGGGCGGGCCUGCAGCCCGGCAGCCCCCGGGCCUGGCUGGCCCCCGGGGAGGAAGCCCGCCCGGCCUGGACGUGCGGCCCGGGGGCGCCCGCCCAGGGGACGUGGGGGAGCCCCCCGAAGGACAGAGCCGCCCGCCCCGGCCCGGAGCCGCCCUCCCCGGGGCAGGAGGACCAGCCCUGGCCGCGGGGGGCCCGCAGCCCCGGCAGCAUCCCCGCCGUCAUCAUCACCGACAUGGGCGCCCCGGAGGAGGACGGCGCGCUGGAGGAGGCGCAGGGCGGCCCGCUGGGCAUCCUGCCGCUGCGGAAGCUGUCCUCCUCCUCCGCCUCCUCCGCCGGCUUCUCCUCCUCCUACGAGGACUCGGAGGAGGACAUCUCCAGCGACCCCGAGCGCUGCCUGGACCCCAGCGCCGCCGCCUUCCUGCACACCCUGGACCAGCAGAAGCCCCGCGUGAGCAAAUCAUGGCGGAAGAUAAAGAACAUGGUGCACUGGUCCCCCUUCGUCAUGUCCUUCAAGAAGAAGUACCCCUGGAUCCAGCUGGCCGGGCACGCAGGGAGUUUCAAGGCGGCCGCCAACGGCCGCAUCCUGAAGAAGCACUGUGAGUCGGAGCAGCGCUGCCUGGACCGGCUGAUGGCCGACGUGCUGAAGCCCUACGUGCCGGCCUACCACGGGGACGUGGUCAAGGACGGGGAGCGCUACAACCAGAUGGACGACCUGCUGGCCGACUUCGACUCGCCCUGCGUGAUGGACUGCAAGAUGGGCAUCAGGACCUACCUGGAGGAGGAGCUGACGAAGGCGCGGAAGAAGCCCAGCCUGCGCAAGGACAUGUACCAGAAGAUGGUGGAGGUGGACCCCGCGGCGCCCACGGCCGAGGAGCACGCCCAGCGCGCCGUCACCAAGCCCCGCUACAUGCAGUGGCGGGAGACCAUCAGCUCCACCGCCACCCUGGGCUUCCGCAUCGAGGGCAUCAAGAAAGAAGACGGCUCGGUGAACCGGGACUUCAAGAAGACCAAGACGCGGGAGCAGGUCACCGAGGCCUUCCGGGAGUUCACCAAGGGCAACCCCAACAUCCUGAUCGCCUACCGGGACCGGCUGAAGGACAUCCGGGCCACCCUGGAGGUGUCCCCGUUCUUCCGGGGCCACGAGGUCAUCGGCAGCUCGCUGCUCUUCAUCCACGACAAGAAGGAGCAGGCCAAGGUGUGGAUGAUCGACUUCGGGAAGACCACGCCGCUGCCCGAGGGCCAGACGCUGCAGCACGACGUGCCCUGGCAGGAGGGCAACCGCGAGGACGGCUACCUCUCCGGCCUCAACAACCUCAUCGACAUCCUCACCGAGAUGUGCCCGGGCCCCAGCGCCCCGGUGGCCUGAGCGCCGCCCCCGCCCCGCCCCCGCCCGCCGCCUCCCAGUUCCCUUCACGUCCACAGGGCGCGGCCAGGGCCCUCCCAACUGCACUACAGGACACUUUGCGGGCUUUCUCCUUCUUUUCCUCCUGAGGGGCUUUGCUGCAGGGUCUCCUUCUGGAAGAGCAGUGCCCGCGCCAGGCCCCGCCGCCCGCUGCCCCCCGGGGAGGCCAGGGGGGUCCGGUGGGCAUCCUCGGGUGCCAGGCCUCGGGCGGGAGGCCUGUGGGCGCUUGCUGCCCCCUGGUGGCCGGUGGCCAUUCGUGCCGCGGCUCCGCACAGCCCAUCUCUGACAUCCUCCGCCCCGCUGGGCUGUAAGAGUAAGGCGGCCAGACGUCCCACUUUGGGCGGGACAGUCCCGAUGUCUAACAAUUUCAUCCCACGGCGUUUUUAAAAAAAAAAAAAAAAAAAAAAGUCGCGGUUUUUGUCUGGCCACCAUAUGUAAGAGCCCUGUGUCGGCGGUGCCGGUCCCGCUUCCUUCUUGUUGGGGCACAGAACCCCGUGGUGUCAGCCCUGAGGAGAGCGCCCCCCGAGGGCAGCCGGGUCCAGGGCACGUGUGGCCUCUGCCGUCUGUGAGGCCGGGAGCCAGGAGCAGGCUGCUAUUCCAUCUGCCAUUCCCGCCCAGGAACUCGGAGCUCUGGGGCCGCCCACCCAGAGCCGCCUGUGCCUCCGCCGCCCCCUCGGCCGGGGUGCCGGGAGGGCCAGGGCCAGGCAGCCCCCCGGGAGAGAGACCUCAGAGGACACGCCUCCCCUCUGUUCCCGCCUCUCGGGGGCCCUGCCUGCACACUGGGGUUCCUUCCUGAGCCCCCCGCGGCCCCUGCAGUCCAAGAAGGGCUGCAGGCUGCCCCUGCCAGGCAGGGGCAGCAGGAAGCCAACGCCUGCACCUGUUUUCCCUGAAGCAAUCCUAGUCCCGGCGGGCUGGGCCUGUGCUUGCUGUGUGCGGGCAGCUUCGGGCACUGGCCAGUGUGCCCGCCUCUCCCUGGAGGCUGGGUGCUGACGGCAGCGGGCGCCCGUUGGGAGCCUGGUCCUAAGUGUCAGCGAGCGAGUGUGUGCCUCUGAGCGAGAAGGACGUGACCCUGCCUGGCGCUGGAGGGCAGACUCCGCGGAGGCCUGUGGAGCCGGGCCCUCCUGUUGUGGGAGGAGAGUUGGGGGCCAGGCCAGCAGCCCCCGGGCCGGCUGCCCUCGGAGACCAGGAGUCCAGGUGUGGGUACCUGGGGGGGGGGGCCAGUCUGGAGGGGGAGGCUCCCGCCCCCCCACGUGGCAGCUCCCCGUUCGUUCGCCUGGCUUGGGGACAGCCGAGGGUGGGAUGUAGAUUUUAAAAAGGAAAUCACUUUUCAACUCCCUGGCUCUUGUUCAGACAGUGGAGGACUCCGGUGUGGGCCCACCUGCUCCCCCACCGCCCCCCCAGCCUGUGAGGGCACGUGACCCGGAGGCUGAGCUGCGUGGGCUGGGGGCCUGGGCCGUGGGUGCCGGGGGAAGGGGGGGGGGGCUGGGCCGAGGGCGCCGGGCGAAGGGCCUCACGGGGUCGCCCCGGGGCCUGGCUGUGAGCUGGCAGCCGUGGCCUGUCCGGGGCGGUACCGCUGUCCGCAGAUUCCCGCUCUGGACGCACCUGGGCCCACUCCCUCCCCGCCCCCCCCCCCCCAAGCCAGCACUUUAGCUUCAGAAGGGGCAUCUGUUUAGGGCUCUUCCUUCGGGGCGGGGUCUGUACCCACUGUGCCAGCUCCCUUCUCGCCCUUUCUCCUUGGACCUGCCACCUCCUUACCCGGACCCGGGAGAGGAUUUCCCGGCCGCGCGCCGGGGCUGUCUGCAGGGCCUUCCCACCCAGGCCGGCCGGGGGCCUGGCCACACAGGUGGGGGGUGAGCAUCCCCCCGCCCGCCCCGCCCCCGCAUUAUUGGGGUUCCUAUGCCUGAAAUGUUUUCCCCAUGCUCGGCCCGGACUUGCCUGAGAGCCGUGUAAGAAGUUGUAAGUUAUAUUUAUUUUGCUGUCGUCGUUAAUUGCACAAAACACUAAGACUGAGAGGCUGGGUUCUGCGUCUGCUCUUCGCUCUGCCUUCUUUCCGAGCCGCAUGUCCUGCGGGGGGUCCGGAUGCAGCCCCCCACCCCCACCCCCAUUAGCAUCCGUCCGGUCAGCCUGUGUAUACAAGCCCAGCCUUCUCCGGAAGCAGCCGGCGUCACCCCAGCCA